AUGAGUUUCAAGUGUUGAGACAUUUAAAGGCAUUUCAAUAAAAAUAGACAAAUAUUUUGCAUUUAUUUUACAGUUUUUAUACUGUUUUAAUUAAAAUUAACCAAAUUGUACCGUCGGGUAGAGUGACCACAUCUAUAUACACAUAGGAUGAGCGGCUGUGGGGCACGUGUGGGACAACUGGUGAGCAGACAGUCGGCGCUAUUCCUGUGCGACAUUCAGGAAAAGUUUCGGACAACUAUUCAGUACUUCCCGGCGAUCGUCGAUGUGUCCAAUCGGGUCCUCAAAGCGGCCAACAUUUUGAAUAUGCCAGUGAUUGUCACCGAACAGUACCCGAAAGGUCUGUAUUCAUAUCUUAUUGGAUUAAAUUUAGUACACAAUUAA